GUGGUGUUCUGUUGCGUGAUCUCCCGCAGCUAUCCUCAGGAAACCAACCAUCUCUGUUCACUGGCCGUCAGCGCUGAGCGCCACAGCAGCCAAGUGCGCUGUGCUGUGUGUGCUUGUGUGUGUGUGUAGUCUAACCCUGGAGGGGAGAAAACAACAGCAGGAAUAAAACUUGUCUCAUAUUUUAUCUUUGAAACGCGCUCAUUGCACCGGAGUCUGCAACACCAUGAAUACUAUUCUCAUCUGUCUGCUUUGUGGAUUGUAUGGCGUUCUUGCGAAAGAUAAAGAGCAAAAGGGGAAGUACAGUGUUCCAAUACUGGAUGUGAAAACCCAGCAGCUGGUUAUGGAUGCCAACCAGACACUGUUGCUCAACUGCAGGGGUCGAUGGGAGCUGACUUGGGGGUUCCCAGCAGGCUUUGCCAGAGAUCAGGUGCAAGUGGAGGAGUCACGCUGUGGGAGGACAAGACAGAACUACUGCAGCCGUGUGACGAUCAACCGCGCACAGGCCCUGCACACCGGCCAGUUCCGCUGCCGGUACCGACACCGUACCCGAAAACAGACCUCUGUUUAUGUAUAUUUCACAGACAGCCAGCAGCCAUUUGUGGAACAUCCGACUAUGAGCGCAGAUGUGGUGUACAUGAAGGAGAAGCAGCCGCUGGUCAUCCCCUGCAGGGUCACCCACCCUAAUGUCACCACCACGCUGGUUAAGUUCCCCAGCCACAGCCUAAGUCCAGACCAGAGGAACAUUGUUUGGAGCAGCAAGCAAGGCUUCACCAUUCGAACUCCCACCUUCUUUUACAUCGGCCUCUUCUUCUGCCAGACCACCAUUGACGGCGUCACACACAACUCACGUAUAUACUUUGUCCACAGACCAGUGAGUAAUAUCAUGGAGGUGUAUCUGAACAGCAGUGGUCCAGUGCAGGCCCUGAAGGGAGAGAGACUAACCUUGAACUGCACUGCCACCGGGGAGCUGAACACCAGAGUUAACAUCACCUGGGAUUACCCUGGAAAGAAUAACAACACGGCUGUCAUCUCCAAAAGGAUCAUGAAACACAGAACGCACAUGUUGUUCUACAGUAUUCUGACCAUCCCGAAGCUUCAGCGUUCAGACCGAGGCCUGUACACAUGCCGUGUUACCAGCGGUGAAAAAACAAAACAACAAGAAGUCCCUGUUACUGUCUAUGACCGUCCAUUUAUCCGUUUGAAGCCCAGAAAAGGGGCUGUGAUGGAAGUUCAAGCGGGACAGAAAUCUUACCGAAUCUCUCCCAAACUAAAAGCGUUCCCUGCCCCUGAAGUCAUCUGGUUGAAAGAUGGCAAGGUGGCAGCAGAGCAAUGCUCCAGAUACCACAUGGACAUGAAUUCUCUGGUGAUCCGGGAUGUGGCAGAGGAGGAUGCUGGGAAAUACACCGUCCUGGUACGAAUCCAGGAACACGGACUCUACCAGAAUCUCACACUCACACUCGUGGUCAACGUGAGUCCUCAGAUAGGGGAGAAAGCGGUGUCAUUGCAGGAUCCCGGCUCUGUGCCACGGGGGAGCAGACAAGCUCUGUACUGCACAUCCCAUGGCGUCCCUCCUCCGCACAUCCAGUGGCUCUUUCAUGCCUGCCCAUCCAAAGGCCUGUGUGUGUGUCCAACGUCCUCCUCGCUAUGGAGCCCUAUAACAGAGAGAAUCCCCGCCACGUCCACAUACAACCACAUCCUGAGUGUUACGCACAGACAGGAAGUGCUUCAGGGGAAGAAAAAGACGGUGGGGGUCCUGACUGUGGCAGAGGCCUUUGUGUCUGGAGUGUAUCGUUGCAUUGCCUCCAACUCUGCAGGCGCAGACCAACUAGACAUCCACUUCUAUAUCACAGAUGUCCCAGGAGGCUUCAGUGUAGGCAAAAGGGAGGAACCUAGAGAGGGCGGAGACCUCCAUCUCACCUGUAUAGCCAAUAAGUACCUGUUUACAGCAUUGUCAUGGCAACGAGUGAACGACACAGAGGAUGCCCAAUCCCUGAGCCCUGCCCUGAGUAGGGAGGUCACAUCAGGGGAGUUCUCCCACUCUCUGCUCCUGUUGCUUAACAACCUCACAGCCAGAGACUCUGGGAUCUACAGAUGCUCCGCCCACCACUUCGUCACAGGACAGGUGAUGCACCUGGACACACAGGUGGUGGUCACAACUCUGGAGCCUCCAGUGCUGCUUGACAAUUUGACAGAUUGUACUGUCAAUGUGAGCAGCUCCGUGACCCUCAGCUGUCCCUCUGUGGGCACCCCACCCCCGACCAUCAAAUGGUAUAAGAAUGAACGUGCUCUGUUGCAGGGAUCAGGCAUCGUCAUAUCACCAGAAGAUGGGACUCUCCAUAUUGACCGGAUCACAGUGGAGGACCAGGGUCUAUACACAUGCCAGGCCACCAAUGAGAGGGGAUCUGCAGAAAGCUCUGCCUAUAUAUGGGUCAACAGUGCCUCAGAAGCCUCAUUUUUAGAAAUCCCCACUCUCACCUGUACCUGUGUGGUGGCCACUCUUCUCUGGCUUUUGCUCACACUCUUCAUACGUAAACUGAGACAGCCCAACAGCUCAAACACCAAACCAGAGUACCUGUCAAUCAUACUGGACACAGGAGAGGGGCCAAUAGAGGAGCAGUGUGAGAGACUGCAAUAUGACCCCAACCAAUGGGAGUUCCCCAGAGAGCGGCUCAAAUUAGGGAAACCUCUGGGCCGUGGAGCUUUUGGUAAGGUGAUGCAGGCGUCAGCAUUUGGUUUAGAAAACUCCACAAGCUGCAGGACUGUUGCAGUUAAGAUGCUCAAAGAGGGCGCAACAGUCAGCGAACACAAAGCUCUGAUGACUGAGCUGAAGAUUCUCAACCACAUAGGCCACCAUCUGAAUGUAGUCAACCUCCUAGGAGCCUGCACCAAGCCAGGAGGACCGCUCAUGGUCAUUGUUGAGUACUGUUGCUAUGGGAAUCUUUCUACCUUCUUGAAGAGCAAGAGGGAGGUGUUUGUGCACAACAUGGUGGCUGAAGAAAAGGAUGAAGAGCCAGGGUGUUUUGGCAGCGUUAGAUCAGAGUUUGAUGAGAGAGACAGCAAAGACAGUGAUCUAGAGCACAAAUCUGCCUCCAACUCUCCUUUAUAUCUGAAGGAUCUCAUCUCCUUCAGCUUCCAGGUGGCACGAGGAAUGGAGUUUCUGGCCUCUCGCAAGUGUAUUCACAGAGACCUGGCAGCCAGAAAUGUUUUGCUGUCAGAUAAUAAAGUGGUGAAGAUCUGUGACUUCGGCCUGGCCAGAGACAUUUACAAAGACCCCGACUAUGUCCGCAAGGGAGAUGCUCGCCUCCCUCUGAAGUGGAUGUCUCCAGAGUCCAUCUUUGACAAGGUGUUCACCACCCAGAGUGACGUGUGGUCCUUUGGCAUUCUGCUGUGGGAGAUCUUCUCUUUGGGAGCUUCCCCAUAUCCUGGUCUUCAAAUAGAUGAGGAGUUCUGCCACAGGCUGAAAGGGGGAACGAGGAUGCGAGCGCCAGAGUACAGCACACCUGAGAUUUACAGCACAAUGCUUGCCUGCUGGGAGGCCAGUCCCACAGACCGACCCACCUUCACUAACCUGGUGGAGACACUGGGAGACCUGCUACAGGCGAGGGUGCAGCAGGACGGGAAGGACUAUAUUCCUCUGGGAUCUUUCAUGACCGGAGACACAAAUCACAACAAAACAUUUAAAGAAAACCCACUUGCUGUCACAAACCUAAGCUACAUGAGGGGUAUGGCCACACUUCAGACUUUUGAGGAACUGCCAUGCAAGGAGCCAGACAGCCCUGACGAUGAGCAGAGUGACAGCGGCAUGGUCCUACCGUCGGAGGAGCUCAAGCGUCUUUCAUGGAAUAACGGGAUCUUCUCCUUCAGUAAGAGUCGGGGCAACCAGGGGCCCUUCCUGCGCAAUGACAGCACAGGUCUCCAUGACGAAGAGCCGUCCAUCGUGCCGCGUGAUUGGGAGUCUGAUGAGGGGAGUUCCCCUCCUCCUGACUACAACUCUGCCUUUCUCUACCCAUCCCUCUAGCAUCUGCUCUCUGAUUCUCCGACAACUUUAUUCAAGACUUAAGAUUUGUAUUAUCCCGUUUUGUAUUUUAAUUUGCUCGUACCUUAUUCAGCUUUUCCACUUUGCUGUUUGCAUCCUCUACCUCAUUAUAGUAUGCCUAUUUCCUCCUACUCUUCCUUCACUUCAGUCUAAACCUCCCAAAUCCUUUUCCCAUUUUCCUCCUUUAACCAAACUUAUCAUUUCUCUUGCAUAGACAGAAAACGUCCUUUUUGCCUGUAUCCUGUUUCCAGAAACCAUAUACUGUUGGACAACAAAGCCUCAGUAUUAUCAAGUAUUAUCUUCCCACACACAACCCUUUCCAAGAGCAGCUAGGUAUUACCUGACAGUACUUAUCCUGUGCAGUUAUGUGGAAUGUAUUUACUGACCUACAACUAUUAAUAGAGCUUAUUGUAUUGGUACCUCAUGCGCUGAGCUUUGUGAAGAGGAACACUGCUGUAUGAAAUUAUUGUUCCUAUGACACAGCCGUUAUAUGCUGGAAGAAGUUAUUAUUCAUUGACUUAUAUCAUGUGUUAGACAGGAUUUACCUGUCGAUAUUUAUUUCAAUGCUGUAAUCAUUUCACGAAUAAUUCACUUAUUAAUCAUUUCUUGAAUCUGAUGUCUGGAUCUGAUCUAUAUAUAUAUAUAGCAUAUUUGAUUUGAUUUUAUGUCAUGCAUCCUCCGACACAGAGACAUGUCAUUUAAACUCAACUUUAUGUUUUUCAUUAGCAAAUACUAUUGAAUGCAUGAAGGUCAGUGCAAUUAAGUGUAAAGUUUUUGUCCUUAAGUGUGUUCCCUCCCCCAAAAAAUAUUAGUCAAUUGACAGUUUUGAUGCUGUUAAUUGUUUUAAAGUUGUUUUUUUUUCAUUCAACAAGAAAACUUUCCAGUCUGCUGCCUUUCAUGUGAAAGAAAUGUAGUAUUUUUUGACUUUGGACUGUUAGACAAAACAAACCACUUGAAGAUAUCAACUUGGUCCCCGCAUAUUUCAAAACUUUUUUUCUAGUGCUGCAGUAAUCCAACUUUUUCAGUUCUGAUACUGAUACCUAAAUUUGGGUAUUGGCCGUUAUCUGAUACCAGAUCGGCCCAUUGUCACCAAUCCCGAUCCACUUAUCUGAGUAGGUAGCAGUAACAGUAUCUGUGCAUUUAACUUUUUUCUAACAUUUUAUAGACCAAAUUAUUGCUCAAAAGAUCAAACCAAAAAGGAUUUUAACAUAAAUACAUGAGAUAAAAAUAAUAGCACUCAUCCAAUCUUUAAACAUCUGCAGCCUAAGGCAGACUCACUUUAAACCUGGUAUACAGAUGCAAUCUGUUAUCUGGGUAAAAACAUUUGAUUAUGUGCCUGUGCGUUUUUUGUUUUCCCAAUUUCUAGUUGUCCAUCGAACAAUCUGCUUAUAUGGGGUCCAAAUGUCAGUCAUUAGUAGACAAAAACAGACAUUUAAGACUAAGGACACUGCCAUUAUUGUCUAUAAGGAGUGAACAAGAACAAUGCCAAUAAAAAUGUCCACACUUUAUAUUAUUAGAGCAAACUUCAGUGAUUGUGCAUCCUUGGUAGAGUGCUAUUUUCUGUUUCCUGUUUUA